AUUGUAAAUUUAAAUUUCAAACUCCUCUCUGCACAACUGUAAAUCCAUCGCUACCCAACUGUACAAUCCUCUAUAAAAACAUACAUCCUACAAACACCUCCCUGAAUGGGUUGAACCGAGUGUUGAGCCUUUCACUCAUACACUCUAAAGCUUACCCUUUCUCCGCCCUCAGGCCGGCUCUCCUCGCCUGAAGUUUGCACGAAAGAUUAAAGAAAAAUGUCAAAUGGGCUUCGCAGAAACCUCAAUCUCUGCUUCUCAAAGCGAAAACGCCCACCCAUGAGUCGAUUCCCUUCGAUCCCACACGCCUCCAAAGAUCAUAAACGCCCACCAUCCAUAACCUCUCCGCCGAUCCUCGUGAACAACUUCAACUCCUUCUACGAUCUCACCUCGGACUCCACCUCCAAAUCACGCAGCCGCUCCAGCGACGAUGACUUCUCUUCGUCGGAUUCCGACCUCGACACCACCCCUGACUUUGCCACCAUCUUUGCUUCACAGCGCUUCUUCUUCUCCUCCCCGGGCCGUUCAAACUCCAUCUUUGAGUCGCCGGAGUGCCCGCCGGAAUCGGACACACUCGUCGGUGGAGGCAUCCCGAUCCCUACGUACUCCCCUGACCCAUUCAGGGAUUUCAGAAGAUCAAUGCAGGAGAUGGUCGAGGCACGAGAGCUCUUGGACGUCAAGGCCAACUGGGAUUACUUGCACGAGCUGCUUCUUUGCUAUCUUACGCUUAACCCCAAGCACACCCACAAAUUCAUCAUUGGCGCUUUCGCUGAUCUCCUCGUCAGUCUCAUGAUCGAGAUGGAGGUCGGUGGUCGCCAGUAAUCACGUCUCCGGCCGGUGUACUGUUUCACGGCGGUUGGUGUAAUGUACCCUUCCUUUUUUUUUAUGUGUACAUAUAUUCUAGUUUUAUAUUCCUGCAUUAACUCAACUGUUCACUGUUCAAGUGUUCAUGUAUUGCCUUCACUUUUAUCUUUUUAAUCUCCUGUACGAGAUCCCAAGAGGGAAUCCGGAA